UCAAGGAGUUCAAAGAAAGAAGGCUGUGUUUUCCUCUUUUCGUCGAACUCGUGUAACUGUGCGGCAGCGUCGGCGGCGGAACACAGGAAAACAAGAUUCAUUCGGAGUACAGAACUGAAAAAGUCGCCGUAUAUAUUUAGUAUUUUCCCAGAAUAAAGUGGACAAGGGAUUUCCAAAAGAACAAAACAAUCUCUUCCUUCUUUCCUCGUCACCAUUCACAUCUUCAGCAACCAUUUCCACCAUACAACAUGUACUCGAAACAAUCGAGGAAUCAGCUAAUAUCGGCUGUUCCUCAUGCCGGACUAUGGGCGGUUCUAGCACUAUCUAAUCUCGCCUCCGCUGCUUCCGUGCCAUCAAAUUCUCAUACUCUCGAAAAGCGAAAGCCAGUCUUGAAGGAUAGCGGCUUGGUAACAAUCGAUGGCAAAGCACCUCUAGAUCUGAUUCUCUUGAUCGCAGCGACAAUGGGUUUCGCAUUGUUUUGUCUAAUACUCGUUUGCAUCAAUCUGCGCAAACCAUGGGUGGGUGGCUCAAAAGAGAUCUCAGAAGAACGAACAAGGGCAAGAACAGAUUUGCGAUUGCGAGGCGCAGGAAAGCGAUUCGUGAUUGAUAGAAGACCAACCCACAGAGUUUUACAUGAUUCAUCAAUGAGUCACGCAACCGUUGACAGUAAAAGUCAUUUAAUAGCACCAAUGCACAAUCCCGAUGCAUAUAACAAAUCGUUGAAUUACGUUGGACCAAAAAUCGCUCAAGAUCAACCAUCCAGAGCAGCAAGAGGGUAUAGUUACUAUUCAAAAGCAGAUCUUGCAGCCAACGCAGCAUUCUAUCAAGACGGUCAGCCCAGAAUGGUGGUUGGAGGACCACGAAGGCCAAAUCAACCUUCUAUGCUCAGCACAUUGGCCGUCCCAACCCUAAAUGCAGGGGAUGGAGCUUCAGAUACUUCUUCGACCGCAUUCAGUUCGCCUGAUCCUUCAACCAGUGGAGUAAAAUUAAGUGACGGAAGCAGUGGCAAAGGCAAUGGAAUGCCGACAGGGCCAAGACCUAUACCUGCACAUGCACGGCAAAAGCCAACCAGACAAAACACAACAUCUUCCCAACCGGAGCAGGGCAGGCGGAUCAGUAGUACAUCCGCAGGCGCUUUGCGAUGGUACGAACGCAAUCAACGCGGUGAUGUACCUCCUGUGCCACCAUCGAUGGCAGAUCGGGCAUACAUGGAAUACGAUCGCACUUCGCCAACCCGUAAUGGAGGUAAUGGACAACGAUACGCUCUACAUAGAAGUAACACUGAUGGUCAAGGCCACGGCAGUCCUGUUCGAUCUUCAAGCUACUUUGACGGCUCAGGUUCUGAAUCACAUGAAGGUUCUGGAGCAAAUACGCCAUCAAUGCAACAUUUGCAACAUCCCUUACAGCCCAAUGUGAAUCAUAUGCUACCGCGAACACGGGUUUUGGCACAUUAUGAUUUAGACUCUGAUCCAAACGCAAAUCAUUUGACGGGAUUGCUAGAUGAAAGACAGGUACCGACAACAUCCAAUACGGCAUGGCGCGGAUACCGUUAAUUGCAUUCAAUAUAUACGGACAAUCGCAGAAACAGUUGGAACAAUCAGCAGAAGUGCCCUCGGUAUACCACGAGAGGAUACCGAUUGCGGCCAUGCUGUACAAACAGCAUUGUAGUAAUUAAGGAUUCCAUUUGU